AUGUGGUGGCAAAUGUUUGUAGUGUGCGCGUGCGCAGAUAUAAUCUUAGCCGAUCAUACAGAUUGGCGUAUAGUCAAUAUAGACCAAGGGCCUGUCAAGGGCUAUAGGGCGCCUCAUGGCAAUUUUGUUUUUUAUGGAAUACCUUAUGCUACCACACCUACCGGCCCUAAUAAGUUUAAGCCACCGCUUCCACCACCGACUUGGAAUGUAACCUUCGAAGCAAUUGAGAAGUUCAUAGUAUGUCCACAGAAAAUAAGCUUACAUGUUAGUAGGGAAAACAUUGUUCGUGAGACUAACGAUUUUUUUUUGAAUCUUCAAGAAGAUUGUCUCAUUACUAACGUUUACGUACCUGACACUGAUAAAAGUAAUUUGCCGGUAGUUGUUUAUUUCUAUGGCGGAGCAUAUCAAUUAGGUUACAGUAACAUUAAGACAGCCAUUAAUUUAUUAAACAGCAAGGAAAUAAUUAUAGUAGACUUUAACUAUCGGCUCGGCGCUCAUGGAUUCCUUUGUCUUGGCACCGAAGAUAUACCUGGCAAUGCCGGUAUGAAAGACCAAGUGGCAUUGUUACGAUGGGUACAAAGAAAUAUCGCAAGCUUUGGCGGAAAUCCAAAUGAUGUAACAAUUACUGGAUGGAGUGCUGGAUCUUCGUCCGUUGACCUUUUCGUGAUUUCUAAGCUUGCGAAAGGAUUAUUCCAUAAAGUAAUACCGGAGAGUGGUCCCAUUAUUAGUUCAUAUACAGUUCAGAUUGACCCGAUUGCGAACGCUAAGAUUAUUGCUAAAAAUUUAAAUUUCGACGAUGACUACACUAUAGGCAAUUUAGAAGCUUUCUUUAAGAAUUUAGAAUUUGAAAAGCUGUACUCUCUAACGUUUGUGAAUGAAACCGAUUCUAGCACAGUAUUUGCUCCAUGUGUUGAACGUUACUUAGGCCAGGAAAUGUUUCUAGACGAAAAUCCCGAAAAUAUAUUGAGAAGUGGUGACUAUUCUAAAGUACCAAUGCUGUAUGGAGUCGCUGAGAUGGAAGGUAUGUUUCGUUUACCGAAUUUUGAGGAGUGGAAGACUAUGAUGAAUGAUAAUUUUACUAAUUUCCUUCCGUGUAAUUUAAUUUUCCAAAGCGACGAAGAGAGAGAUAACAUAACGCAAAAGAUUAAGCAUUUCUACUUUGGAGAUGAACCAGUGGGCGAAAAAAAUAUUUUGAAGUACGUACAAUAUUUUGGUGAUGUUUUGUUUACUUAUGGAACAGCAAAGACUGUUAAAUUACAAGUGGAAGCUGGCAAUAAUCAAAUAUACUUAUAUGAAUACGGAUAUGCUGAUGAGAACAGUGAUUAUAUUAUACACACACAAACACGCGGUGCGACCCACUGUGCGCAGACAAACGCAGUCUUAGAUUUAGAGGACGAAGAGAACCUUUCAGAUGCUUACAAAAAAAUGAAAGCGCUUAUGAGAAACUUAUGGCUUAAUUUCAUUAUAACAGGGAAACCUGUUCCAGAGGGUUCUCCGCUAGCACCAUGGCCUCCUGUAGGUAAAAAUGGAACUCCCUACAUGUUCAUAGAUAGAGAACUAACAUUGAAAAAGGGGUUUAUACAAGAUCGUGUUCUGUUUUGGGAUGAAAUUUACGAAAAGUGCAAUAGGGAACCUAUUGCACCAUACCAGUUCUAA